AUGGCACCCCUGUCUCUUGCCAUGUUGACCAAAAGUCCCUGUAUGGGGACCAUCAUUGUUGGGCUUCAAAAUUCAACUUCAAUUACCAAUGGGUUACAUCCUCGAGACUACAUCCAUGUGCUAUACAGUCUAUGGAAAGUGUUCCCACCGUCUGAUCACUUGUGGAGUGAUGAAAUGAGAAGAACUUUCAGGUCUCCAAUAGUCAUGAGUCCUCAAACCAUUUGGAAUUCCCACUCUGAUGGUGACGUCAAGGGAAAUGGCCUCCUUGUGAAAACAGUGAAAAUCCAGACAAGCAGAACCAGAAAGGGCGAUUAG